CCCACAACAGUUGUGAGUGCUAUUUUCCUUGUUCCUUUCCACUCUGCUAAAGCAAAACCAAAGCAAAGAACCCUUUCGAAGUUCUGAUUUUUUGUGGAAGGCUCUCUCUCUCUUCCCUCCCCCCUCUCUCAAGCCCAGAAAGUUUUGAGCUUUCAUGGGGAAAGGAUUGGCAUUUUUGAGGUAGAAAGUUUUUUAGAUUGUUUUAUAGCUUGAUGUUUCUGGGUUGCAUGCAAGUCUGUGCGUUUAUGCCCAUUUCUUGAUGUUCUCUAGAAAUUGACUUGCAAUUAAUGGACUUGAAGAUGAAUUUAAUCGAGAGUGUCAAUGGAGGGAAUCAGUUGGUGAGGUUGGGGAAUGAGUAAUGGGUUUGUCCAAUUCGAUCUUUUAUAUCAAGUGUAAUUUAUGUCGAUGGCCUCUAAAUCCGGUGCCAGAAGUUCUUCCCCGGAAACUCAGAGGAAAUUAAUUGGUAGUCAAACAGCAGAAGGAAAUUUUCGCAGACCUUCACCUCUACCAAUUACAAAGAUGAGCAAAUCGGAGCCAGUCACUCCCAAAAAAAUUCCUAGGCAUGUUCAACAAGAUGCACUGAAUCAGGUUUCCACAGAAAUCACUGAAGAAAAGAACUAUAAGAUUCCUCAUCAGAAGGAGUCUGCCAAAACUUUAGCGGAUCAGUUAGGUUCAGCUUUAUCACUGGGUAAUGCAAAACAGGUUUCACAUGAUGUGGAUCCUGUAGUGGGUGGGACUAGGAAUUUUCCAGAAGCCGGUGAUCAAAAAAAGAAAACAUCAGAAAAUGGAGUUAGCCCAGCUUCAGCGAAAGUAAGUGAUGAUGGGACCAGCAGUGUUGCCAAGACUAGUGGAAGCGCCAAGUUGAGUGGUCGAGCUGAUUUUGUUGAGAGUGGGAAGAGCAGUAUUUGUAGAGGCAGCACAAGCAGCGACAUAAGUGACGAAAGUACUUGUAGCAGCUUUAGUAGCGCUAUCAACAAACCUCACAAGGCAAAUGACAUACAUUGGGAAGCCAUACAGGCUGUCCGAUCGAAGGAUGGUGUAUUUGGUUUGGGCCAUUUCAGACUUCUGAAGAAGCUGGGCUGCGGAGAUAUUGGAAGUGUCUAUCUUUCAGAGUUGAGCGGAACAAAAUGUUAUUUUGCAAUGAAAGUUAUGGACAAAGCAUCUUUGGCUAACCGUAAAAAACUUCUUCGUGCUCAGACAGAGAGAGAAAUACUUCAAUGUUUAGACCAUCCUUUCCUUCCAACCCUAUAUACCCAUUUCGAGACAGAGAAGUAUUCAUGUCUGGUGAUGGAGUUCUGCCCUGGAGGCGACUUGCACACACUUAGGCAGAGACAACCCGGAAAGCAUUUCACUGAGCAAGCAGUGAAGUUCUAUGUAGCUGAGGUUCUCCUUGCGCUUGAAUAUCUUCACAUGCUUGGGAUUGUUUAUCGUGACCUCAAGCCAGAAAAUGUCCUUGUGAGAGAUGAUGGGCACAUAAUGCUUUCUGACUUUGACCUUUCCCUGCGCUGCAUUGUCAGCCCAACCCUUGUCAAAUCUUCAGCCCCUGAUUCUGAACCUUUUCGAAGGAACUCGGCUUAUUGUGUGCAACCUGCUUGCAUCGAGCCCUCUUGUAUUCAGCCAUCUUGUGUGGUGCCUACAACAUGUUUCUCCCCUCGUUUCUUUUCAAGUAAAUCCAAGAAAGACCGGAAACCCAAGAAUGAAGUAGGAAACCAAGUACGGCCAUUGCCAGAACUUAUGGCUGAGCCAACCAAUGCUCGCUCAAUGUCGUUUGUUGGGACUCAUGAGUAUUUGGCACCAGAGAUUAUUAAAGGUGAAGGGCAUGGCAGUGCUGUUGAUUGGUGGACCUUCGGGAUAUUUCUGUAUGAGCUUCUGUUUGGUAAAACACCUUUCAAGGGAUCAGGGAAUCGAGCCACCCUGUUCAAUGUGGUAGGUCAGCCAUUGAGAUUCCCGGAAACACCAGUGGUUAGCUUUUCAGCAAGGGAUCUGAUCAGGGGCCUACUAGUGAAAGAACCACAGCAUAGGCUGGCAUAUAAGCGAGGAGCAACGGAGAUUAAACAGCAUCCGUUCUUUGAAGGUGUUAAUUGGGCUUUGAUUCGAUGUGCAAGUCCUCCAGAUAUUCCGAAACCAGUCGAGUUUGAGCGGAUUUCAGCCCCCGCAGCGUCAACCGGUGAUAAAGCUACUGCUGCUGCUACUCAUCCUGAUCAAAACAAUUAUCUGGAAUUUGAUUUCUUUUAAUUAUUUUCGGAACUGAAAUGCCAUUUUCCUUCCUUUUUUUUUUUUUUUUUAUUGAGAAAGAUGUAGACUUUUCUGAAAUGUUGAUUAUUUAUGUGGAAUUUAGGGGUUUUUUUUUUUUUUUUAUUCAGUGUUGAUAGUGAUCAUAUGCUUGGUGUUGUUAUGAAACACAGAUUUGUAUUCCAGCUCAGCCUCAAAUGAUGAAAUGCUGUUUCCAAA